UUGAGUCACCCCUGACUGGUAACAGCCAGAUAGCGGAAAACAACUAGAGAUGAUGCUGGAGAGCUCGGCAUCUUUGAACCGAUCCAGAGAGUGAAUAAAUGCGGCUUUCAAUUAGGAUAUCGCCUUAAGCAUUUGUGCUUCACUUUAGAAGACUGACGUUUUAUCAAAAUGAUGGAAGAAAUUGACAGAUUUCAAGUGCCACCAGUAAACCCAGAGAUAAAGCUGCUGGAUCCUGCGGAAACGUCCACUUUGGAGGCUGAAACAGGAACGAGAGAACCAGAGUCAGUCGCUAUCAACUACAAGCCCUCCCCGCUGCAAGUGAAGAUAGAGAAACAACGAGAACUCGCGAGGAAGGGCUCGGUGAAGAAUGGAACUGUGGGUAGUCCAGUCAAUCAGCAACCCAAGAAAAAUAAUGUUAUGGCCAGAACAAGGUUGGUUGUACCUAAUAAAGGGUAUUCCUCCUUAGACCAGAGUCCAGAUGAGAAGCCACUUGUAGCACUGGACACUGACAGCGAUGAUGACUUCGAUAUGUCCAGAUACUCAUCGUCUGGAUAUUCCUCAGCCGAGCAAAUAAACCAAGAUUUAAACAUUCAGCUUCUGAAGGACGGCUACCGAUUGGAUGAAAUCCCCGAUGAUGAAGACCUGGACCUCAUCCCCCCUAAAUCAGUCAACCCUACUUGCAUGUGCUGCCAAGCCACUUCCUCCACAGCCUGUCAAAUUCAGUAACCCCACCUUCACUUGAACCCCUCUUGUCCCAAUCCUGUGAGUUAAGCUCACAGUUAGUAUCUUCAGCAUAGAGUAACUGCUAAAGAAGUUAAUAACAAUAGAAUGGGUGAAUUAAAAUGAGUAUAAAAUAGGGAAAAAAUAAUGAAUGAAAAUGCACAAGUAUUUAACGGUCAUUGGUUCCUCCUAUGGUAGGAUGCGAGUCUUUGUAUCAUCACCAGAGGGCACUAGACUUAGGUGUGGAUAGCUGGAAGAUUCGUUGAAGUGUAUAUAAAUGCAUGGUGCAACAUUAAAAACGAUACAGCUGCUCAAGUAUCUUUUAAAACAGAACAAAAAUGACCAUUUGACACUAUAGAUUCAUCAAUACCCUCAACUUUUUUGUCUUAAAAGGGUCAUGACAUGGAUUUUUUUUAAAUUAUUUUCAUAUGUUCCUUGAGGUUUCCACACAAUAAAACAAAUAUAUGUGGAAAAACUAUUAUUUUUAACCCUCAUUCUGAACCACCGUCUGUCUGAAAUGAUCUGUUUUUAAAGGGGCGGCUUCUUUGAGACUUGUCAUUAAACGGCCUCUGUUGUGAUUGGUUAACGUCAUUGCAUAGGAAACCGUAUGAGCAAUCACGCAAUAUUGCACGCGGAGUUAGUUUAUUUUCGAACUCUCCAUUACACUGUGCCGCGUUUACAAAACAAUCUGCAGUCAAAUUACCUGAACAAACAUAUAAUCCACUGACGCCAUCCUGUAUCCAUUAAAGAUAAACCAUCCAAUUGUUCCUGAUGCUGGUAUACGUCUAAAGUCUUUACAGAGACGCAAACCAGUGUUUUAACAGGAUCAUUCCUUAAAGGGAUACUCCACUUUUUUUGGAAAUAGGCUCAUUUUACCAACAGUUGAGUUUUACCGUUUUCGAAUCCA